ACUAGGAGCAUUUCUACUAAUAAUAAGUACUAAUAAUUGCUUAUACUUUUGUAGUGCCUUUCAAGAUACCCAAGGAACUUUACAUGAGCAUCAGCAAAUCUAAGAGUUGGGGGAGUAAGAAACCGAUGAGAGGGAGGGGGAAAGGAAACACUAAAAGGGGAGGGAAGCAGAAAAUGUAGACCAAGGAGUGGGCUGACUGACAGUAAGAGUUUUGUGGCAGUUUUAAAGAGGUGGGUUUUGAGGGAUACAUGUUUUAAUAAUUAAUCAAAUUCAAAUGGAAGGCAGUACUAAGGACAACAACAAUCAAGUGCAAGGACAUUUAUUAAAUCAGUUUAGGUUGAUAACUGUUAAUCAAGUAUGGACUCACAGCCAGUGUUGGUGGUGGUAUCUGUGUUGACUCAGCUCCUUACAGCAUGAAUCAAUUCAGUUUAGAUAGACAGUAUCAUAUCCUGGACCUCCUUUAAUCCUACUGGUCGAUCUGAAAAAAACAAAGCCACGCCUCCAACUUCCUGAUACGAGAGGUUAGAUUUUAUACACCUGUAAUAAUAUAUUAUCACCUCAUAACUUCAGAAGCGCUUGUGAUGUGAGAUUUCUACUCCUAUUUCGUAGUUUCACUGUCAUUUUUCUCCUUCAAGAGGUGAGCGAGCUCACACCAAGGCUUUCUGAUGAUCACUCUGCGCCACGUUGCCUUUGGCUUUGCCAUAAUUCUCAGUAUCUUUGUCAUUUUUCUGACAUAUUACAAACCUAAUUUCAAGCUCCCUGCUUUGACCUUUUACCAGGAGAGGGUGAACAUCUCCUGCCAAUGUGCUAACACAAGCUGUCCCUCAGACCUCCAGGUCACACCCACUCCCACUGAUGUCAAGAAAAACCAGGUGGACACUAGGCCUGACACCAUCGUGUUGCUCUGGAUGUGGCCCUUUGGCGUCAAACACCCUCUCAGCUGUGAUGAAUUUAACAUCACAGGAUGCCAUGUGACCGUUGACAAGUCGGUUUACCAUCAAGCCCACGGGGUUCUCUUUCACCACAGAGACAUUGGUAACACAGUCAUGCCAACAGAGCUCCGCCCCUGGUUUCAAAAAUGGAUCUGGUUUAACAUGGAGUCACCCGUGUACUCAGGUGUAUUACCAAGUCUUGAUAAUGUAUUCAACUUGACCAUGAGUUAUCGACUUGAUUCGACCAUCUUAAUACCUUACGGUACUCUGGAACUACUGCAAUCCAAAAGAGAGUCUUUAGAACUGCCGGCAAAGAACAAGCUGCUCUGUUGGAUCGUUAGUCACUGGGAACAACGUUUAGAGAGAGUACGGUACUUUCAAGAACUGAAAAAAUAUAUCAACGUAUCACUUUAUGGAAACGCUUUUGGGAACGCCGUGGGAGACGAUGACUACAAGGACAUUGUAUCCAGUUGUAAAUUUUAUCUGGCAUUUGAAAACUCUGUUUGCAAAGACUAUAUUUCGGAGAAAUUAUUUCUCCCUUUGGAAUUAGGGACUGUACCUGUAGUUCUGGGGCCUCCGAGGAAAAACUAUGAACGUGUGGUUCCUCCUGACUCAUUCAUUCACGUGGAUGACUUUUCCUCUCCAAAACAACUGGUAGAGAGGCUGCUUUACCUUGACCAAAAUAAUGAGGAAUACCUGAAAUUGUUAGAAUGGAAGAACUGGUUUAAAGUGAUACAUCAUAAAUUUGGUCAUGAGGCUGCCUGCAAAACCUGUAGAUACCUGCAGAUAAACAGAGGCUACCAGGUUUUUCAUAAUCUUAAUAAGUGGUACUGGGACUAACAAAUUUGCCGCCUCCAUGAGAAAAAGGUAAUGCUUUCCUUUUUGUUUGUUUAUUUGUCUUUAAAUCUAUUGAUUAAAUCACUUGGGUAUGAUUCAGAA